AAUUCGAAUCCCAUCUCUGUGAUCUUGUUCACCUCAAUAUUUUAGCUGGGGCUAGGGUUUUACCCAGAUUUAUCGAUCCACCUCCAUUCAUCUCUGUUCAAAAAAAAAACCCCACAUCGGAGAAGAUGAAAUCUCUCCUUCUCUCUCGACAAGCCAUCCGUCGUGUUUCACUGUCCCCACCUUUCUGCAGAUACUUCUCCGCCGUCACACCGUCCAUCUCCCACUCCGAUCGUCAUCUGAGAAGAAGCCACGACGAACCGAUCCCUAGACCCAUUAUUUCAUCUCCUCUCACUCGCCAUUUCCACUCCACGCGCGAGUCCCGCCUCAGCGACUCGACCGCCUCCCAGAUUCACCACGACGAAGACAACGACGAAGAAGAAGAAGAAGAUGGAACCACGAACGAGUUCCUCUCCCGAUUCGUCUGGAUAAUGCGCGGGAAACUCUCGGAAUCUUACCCGGACUCCGACAAGAAGACGGUCGACGGCAUGCUCCUCCUCAUCGUCGAGAAAGUCGUGGAGGAGAUCGAGAGCGGAGGGUUCAGCAAGGUCGGAGGAGGAUCGACUCCUCCGCCUUCUUCUCCGUCGGAGGAGUUCAGCGACGAUCUCUGGGCCACGAUCUGGGAAGUGAGCAACACGGUGCUGAGAGACAUGGAGAAAGAGAGGAAGAAGGAGAAGAUGAAGGUGUACGUCCAGUCUCCCGAGGUGAUGGAGAUGUGUAGGUUCGCUGGAGAGAUUGGGAUCCGCGGGGAUCUUCUCAGGGAGCUUAGGUUCAAAUGGGCGAGGGAGAAGAUGGAAGAAGCCGAGUUUCAAGAGAGCUUAGAGCAGAUGCGUGAUUUGGACACUUCAAUUCGAGAAUCUGAAACAGUUGAUGCUGAUGAGGAAGGAGAAGGAGAAGAGUCUGUUGUUCCUAAGACUAUCUCUCUUCCUAAGCGUAAGGGGAAGUUCAAGUACAAGAUCUACGGGCUCGAGUUGUCUGAUCCGAAAUGGGGUGAAGUGGCUGAUAAGAUCCACGAAGCUGAGGAGGAAGCUGACUGGAGAGAGGCGAAACCUGUUACUGGAAAAUGCAAAUUGGUUAUGGAGAAGCUCGAGGCUUUGGAGGAAAAGGAUGAUCCUAAGGGAUUGAUCGCUGAAUGGGUUGAGUUGUUGGAGCCUCAGCGUGUUGACUGGAUUGCUUUGCUUGAUCAGCUGCGUGAAUCAAACACCAAUGCAUACUUAAAGGUGGCAGAGCAUGUCCUGGAUGAUAAAUCGUUCAGGGCAAGCAUCUCGGACUACUCAAAGCUCAUACACUUCCACGCCAAAGAGAACCACACGGAAGAUGUCGAGAGGAUACUAAAGAAAAUGUCUCAAAACGGGAUCUUUCCAGACAUUUCAGUCGCGACAGCACUGAUCCACAUGUACAGCAAGUCAGGCAACCUGGAGCGAGCAACCGAGGCGUUUGAAAGCUUGAAGAGCUAUGGUUUAAGGCCAGACAAGAAGAUCUACUCGUCCAUGAUCAUGGGCUACGUUAACGCAGGCAAGCCCAAACUAGGCGAGAGGCUGAUGAGAGACAUGGAUGCGAGAGACAUGAAGUGCUCGGACGAAGUUUACAUGGCUAUGCUUCGAGCUUUUGCGCAAACGGGAGACGCUGAUGGAGCUGCUGCGAUGUUCACAUCGAUGCAGCUUGAUUUUAAGGAUACGAACUGUUUCGAAGGUUAUAGCUUGCUCGUGGAAGCAUGCGGGAGAGCAGGGAACGCGGGAAAAGCCAAAAUCAACUUCGAUCAGAUGAGAGCGCGCGGGUUCAAACCUGACGAUAAGUGCAUUGCGAACAUGAUCCGAGCGUAUAAGAGAGAGAACUCGUUGGAUAAAGCGUUGAGGCUUUUGCUGCAGCUCGAGAAAGACGGUAUCGAACUCGGUGUGAUCACUUACACGGUCCUUGUUGAUUGGAUGGCUAACCUCGGGCUUAUAGAGGAAGCAGAGCAGCUUCUGGUCAAGAUCUCUCAGCUAGGGGAAGCCCCACCGUUUGAGCUCCAGGUGAGCUUGUGCUAUAUGUACUCUACUGCCAGGAACGAGAAGAAGACACUUCAAGCUCUUGGGGUUUUGGAAGCUAAGAAAGAUCAGAUGGGACCUAACGAGUUUGAGAGAGUGAUAACUGGGUUGAAGAUGGGCGGGUUCGAGAAAGAUGCCAGGAGGAUGUUUAAGCAUAUGGAAGCUCGGAAGUUUCUGCCUUCGGAUAGACUGAAGAUCGAUAUGGGUGCAUCACCAUCGUUUGGGUCCGGGUUUAGUAGCAAAAUGAGACGAUAGAUGUGUCUCUAUGUGAAAGGAACUUUUGAAGCUUUCAUCAUUCCAGAGUUUAAUGUUGUGAGUGAACUCACAUUUCAGAGAGUUUAUGUUUCCUCCAUUGAUUUAAAACUGUAGUAGCUGUGGUUCUGUAAUACUAAUAAUCUUUGUUCCUUUUGGAAUUUUGGAGAUCUAUUCACCUGCUUCAUUUUGA